AUUCAAUAGUCCGCCGUCAGCUGACAAGAACGGUCGUCUGAAUCCGAGUUAAAGUUAAAAUAUUUAAUUAAAAUGCCUGCUCCAAAUAGAGAUGGUCUGAAAAUUGUAGAUGUUGACGUUAAGGACGUACGUUUCCCUACAUCGCUUGGAGGUCAUGGAUCUGACGCUGUGCACACAGAUCCAGACUACUCCUGCGCCUACGUCAUCAUAACCACAGAGAGCGGUAAACGCGGCUAUGGACUUACUUUCACCUGCGGUAGAGGCACUGAGAUCAUAGUCUUCACCAUACGAUCUUUUAAACGAUUUUUGUUGGGCAAGAACGCUUCGGACAUUUUUGCCGAUUUUGCUGGAUUCUGGCGUGCGAUUACCAAUGAAUCACAAAUGAGAUGGAUCGGUCCAGAAAAGGGAGUAACUCAUUUGGCAGUUGCAGCCAUUGUUAACUCCUUAUGGGACUUGUGGGCAAGAAUAGAAAACAAGCCACUGUGGCGACUUUUGUCUGAUAUGGAUCCUGUGGAAUUGGUAUCAACAAUAGAUUUCAGAUACAUUACUGACGUAAUAACUCCAGAAGAUGCAGUGGAAUUACUGAGAAGUAAACAAGCUGGGAAAGAAGAAAGAAUAGAGUUUUUGUUAGAGAACGGAUAUCCGUGCUAUACUACGCAAGUUGGCUGGUUGGGUUAUAGCGAUGAAUUAGUUGAGGAAUUAUGUGAUAAAUAUCUGAAACUCGGAUUUACCUACUUCAAAGUGAAGGUUGGUCGCAAUUUUGAAGAUGACUAUAGACGAUGCAGCGCAGUACGACGGUAUAUCGGGGACGAAAAUGUUUUGAUGGUUGAUGCCAACCAAGCUUGGAGUGUGGGCCAAGCUAUCGAAUGGAUGAAAAAGUUGGCGCCUUUGAAGCCGAUGUGGAUCGAAGAGCCAACUUCUCCUGAUGACGUCUUAGGACAUGCUACAAUCUCGGAGGCCUUAAAACCUUAUGGUAUCGGAGUAGCCACAGGCGAAAUGUGCGCCAAUCGAGUACUUUUUAAACAAUUCCUGCAGAGCGGCGGUAUGCAGUACUGUCAGAUAGACGCGGCCAGAAUCGGUGGUGUAAAUGAAAUAUUAGCGGUAUAUCUUAUGGCUGAAAAACUUAAAGUAAAAUUAUGUCCACACGCCGGAGGAGUUGGUUUGUGUGAGAUGGUGCAACACCUUCAAUUCUGGGAUUACGCGAGCGUGUCUUGUACGAUGGAGGAUCGCCUCAUAGAGUACAUUGAUCAACAACACGAGCAUUUUAUAGAUCCAUGUGUCGUUGAAAACGCGAAAUAUUUAGCACCUCAAUUACCCGGAUACAGCACACAGUUCCUGCAAGAGACUCUCGAAAAGUAUACGUAUCCACGUGGAACGGAAUGGGAAAAGAUGAUCAAAGAAGGAAUUUUCCCUCAACCCGACGAAACCGAAUGGGCAAACCCUUAAACUACGAAAUAAAAUAAACCUUUUCAUAAAUAUU